AGUCACAACAUCCAUCCUCCUUUAAUAUCCUUCCCCUUUCACCUAUCCCUCUUCCCAACAGUCAAUCGUUGAAAAAAAUCAUGGCCGGCGCCGGUCAACCCGCCAACCCGAUUCCGGCAAUGACGGUGUACCUCCCGCUGGAGCACCCGGCGGUGGUAAUCAGCCCCUAUUUCCUGGCCCAAUACCCAGUAGACCUCACAGUCGCCACAAAGAUCAUGACCUUGGGAGAGAACGAUUUCACCGUCAAAGACGUCAACGGGACAAUCAUCUUCCGGAUCAAAAGCAAGCUGAUGAGCCUCCACGACCGCCGCAAGUUGCUCGACGCCGCCGGCACCGUCCUCGUCUCGUUGCAGCAGAAGCUGAUGACUGCGCACAGGAGAUGGCUGGCGUACCGGGGAGACAGCAAGGACUCCAAGGAUUUGCUGUUCACGGUGAGGAAGUCGUCGUUCCUGCAGAUGAGGACCGAAUUGGAUGUUUUCUUAGCCGGGAAUGAGAAGGAAGAGGUCCCCGAUUUCAAGAUCAAAGGCAGCUUCUCCGAGAGUUCCUGCGUCAUUUACCUCGGGAACACCAACAAGAUCAUCGCUCAGAUGUACAGAGGGCACAGCAUGGCGACUUUCCUGUUCGACACCGACGAUUUCAGGGUGACGAUCUACCCUAAUGUGGAUUACGCCUUCAUCAUCUCUCUCGUUGUGAUUCUUGACGAGAUCAACGCAGAUCGCAGCGGCCAAGACUAGUCUGCCAAAAUUGCUUGUGGUAUCUGCUGCUGCUUGUGUUACUUUAGUUUCCGGUUUCGCAAUAAAAAGAAAGAAAUAUAUAGAUAUAGCAUUAGCAAUUUGGCCUUGUUGGUUGGCUUGGAGCUGCGUUUUGUGUGAAAGUCAAGACUGUGUUUUGAUGAUUGGUGUUAGUAAACUGAUCCCAGUUGGUGUUCAUAUCCUAUCAUUAUUAUGACUAGAAUGGAAG